AUGUUGAAUAUGCAGAAUUUCAAACGGAAAUCUAUUGUUUUUCGCAAGUCCAAAGCCAAGUCCAAAGCCAAGUCCAAAGCCAAGUCCAAAGCCAAGUCCAAAGCCAAGUCCAAAGCCAAGUCCAAGGCCAAGUCCAAAGCCAAGUCCAAAGCCAAGUCCAAAGCCAAGUCCAAAGCCAAGUCCAAAGCCAAGUCUAGAGCCAAGUCCAAGUCUAAAGCCAAGUUCAAAGUCAAGUCCAAAGGCAAGUUUAAAGCUAAGUCCAAAACCAAGUCCAAAACAAAGUACAAAGCCAAGUUCAAGGCCAAAUCCAAAUCCAAAGCCAAGUCCAAAGCCAAGUCCAAAGCCAAGUCCAAAGCCAAGUCCAAAGCCAAAUCCAAAGCCAAGUCCAGAGCCAAGUUCAAAGUCAAGUCCAAAGCCAAGUCCAAAGCCAAGCCCAAAACCAAGUCCAAAGCCAAGUCAAAAGCCAAGUCCAAAGCCAAGUCCAAAGCCAAGUCUAAAGCCAAGUCCAGAGCCAAGUCCAAAGCCAAGUCCAAAGCUGUGUGCAGAACCGAGUCGAAAGCCAAGCCAACCAAGUCCAAAGCCAAGUCCAAAGCCAAGUCCAAAGCCAAGUCCAAAGCCAAGUCCAAAGCCAAGUCCAAAGCCAAGUCCAAAGCCAAGUCCAAAGACAAGUCUACAGCCAUGUUCAAACCCAAGUCUAACGCUAAGUCCAAAGCCAAGUCCAAAGCCAAAUCCAAAGCCAAAUACAAAGCCAAGUCCAAAGCCAAGUCCAGAGCCAAGUUCAAAACCAAGUCAAAACCGAUAUCCAAAGCCAAAACCAAACCGUUGUCCAAAGCCAAGUCCUAA